AGAGAGAGAGAGAAGAGAAGAGAAGAAGAAGAAGAAGAAGAAGAAGAAGAAGAAGAAGAAGAAGAAGAAGAAGAAGAAGAAGAAGAAGAAGAAGAAGAAGAAGAAGAAGAAGAAGAAGAAGAAGAAGAAGAAGAAGAAGAAGAAGAAGAAAACCGCCAACACCUUUGUAGACGAGUCGAUUGGCGGAGAGAGCUGCAUGCCAGGGCUGCGGAACAAGGUGACGGCGGCGUUGAGAGCGACAAGGCAACCACAGCUCUAG